CACUCUCACUAUGUGUCGUCUUAUAGAUUCUUCAACUAUGUUAAAUACACAAAGAUAUUAUAAUUUGUGGUUGGGUUUUGAGUAGCACAAGCUUCAAUUUAUAUCUCUUCAAUACAUGACUUGUGUCCUCUAUUAAUCUAUCAAUUCCAUAUAAUAUUUUUUAGUUUUAUGUGAAACUCUUUGCACCACCUUUUCAUAUUUUCAUGGGGAAAUGAAACCUUGUUGAUCGUCUCUCCAUUUAUAAUCAUCAUCUACACAAGCUCAAAUUUUGUUCAAUUUCCGGUGUAAUGGGUUGCACAUCUUCUAAGCAAUCGGUAUGCCGGAACUGUCAUGCUCAGCAUUCUCCAGUUCGGAUGAGCUAUUCGUCGCUCCCGAACCCCUCUCCUCAACGCGAACACGACGACCACCAUGUCGUCGCGCUCACCUCCACCACCCUCGGAUACCUCUUGCUUGAUCCGUCAAAGAAACCGAGCCGGUUGAGCCAGGAUCUGGUGGUCCCACGCGUUCGACAAGAACCUGUUGGAGGAAAUGUCCUGGAGAUGAACACUAAAGACUUUGAAGUUGGGGUGAUAGAAGCGAAGACGUGGUCGAAAAUGAUUGACGAAAAGAUUGCGAAAAUUGUUCCGAAAACGCCUGUUUUAACGCCUCCUGGUGAACCGGAGAUGAUAAAUGCAUGGGAGAUGAUGGAGGGCUUGGAUGAUUCAAGCCCUCUACCAGUUCCAGUUCCACAGUUAACAUCAGUGGAACUGGAACUGGAAAAACAAGAACAAAAACAAAAACGCACCCAUUGCGUCUCGUUUAAUUAUAGUCCCAACUCGAAUACCAUUGAUCAACCCAUAUUGCCAUCCGGGUCAAACCCGGAUGACACAUCAAACAAUAUUAACAUAAAGUCCUUGAUCAAAGAAGAACAUGACAAUGCAAAGACAUCAUUACAAACCGGUGAAAAUGAUCAGAAUGUAUCGCGUAGCAAAGAGAAGUUGAUUUUAUACUUUACAAGCUUACGAGGAGUCCGAAAGACAUACGAAGAUUGUUGCCACGUUCGAGUGAUUCUAAAGAACUCAGGUGUUCGAGUCGAUGAACGCGAUGUAUCUAUGCAUUCGGGGUUCAAGGAGGAGUUGAAAGAGUUAUUGGGUGAUGGAUAUAAUGGAGGGGGGUUGCCAAAGGUGUUUGUGGGGAAGAAAUACAUAGGUGGUGGUGAUGAGAUUAGGCGAUUUCAUGAUGAAUAUCAGCUAGAUAAGGUGUUAGAGGGUUGUGAAAUGGUGGAUGAUUGCGGCGGUAAUGGUGGUGUUGGCGGAGGUUGCGAGGCUUGUGGGGAUAUAAGAUUUUUACCGUGUGAUACGUGUUCGGGUAGUUGUAAGGUUUACUAUGACGUGGACUCCGAUGUUGGUGAGGAUGAAGAAGUAGAAGAAAGUGAUUGUGGGUUUCAAAGAUGUCCUGAUUGCAACGAAAAUGGACUCAUAAGGUGUCCGAUUUGUUGCGACUAAAUGCACACUUGUUUAUACGGUUAUUAUAAUUUUUUAUUUUAAAACCGUUUUUGUAUUCUAUAUAUAUUGUAAAAUGAAGAUAUGUAAUAUUGUGAUUAUGAAAGUUUUAUAAG